AAUAUUUGGCAAACAUUAUCUUUAGUCGUUUCUAUUUACAUUAAUUAGUAGUAGUGCGGAUGAAAGGCAGGCUGCAGCUCGGAAUGAGCUGGCACAUGCUUAAUUAAGCUGAGAAAUUCAAAUGAUUUUAGUAUAGAUUUUACACGAAAUGUCUUGCUGAAAUCGUAAAAUCGUAAGAUUUUAAGAUUUAAAUCUAGAUUUUGACAACAAUGAGUCCUCAUGAUGCUGCAGAUUGGUGUCCCUGCAGUCCCGGAUACAAUGCGUGGCUUGCGCUAUGAGAAGCUAAAGCAUGGUGAUGAGACCACCAAGGUUGGGAGGCCUAGGAAGCGUUGGGUGAAGAAAAUGAAGGGAGGGAUUCGGCUAUCUCGUUCCAGAAAACUUAUUUUCAAGGCCUUUUCCAUGGUAGUGUUGGCAGGCAAGAUUGCAAGGGUGUAUGCUGACAUUAUAGAUCGACUGAAGAUGGAUGGUUUAUGUCCCAGCAUCAUCUUCUCCACUCAGUGGGGACUUCCUGUUUUAUCUCACCCCUCUCUUAAUGUAGGAAGACUACAUUUUCGUAAUUUAAUUUGAAUGAUUAAACUUAUUUAUAGCUGUACUGUGUUGAUUGUGUCUUCAAUCUUUUUGGUUCUGUUUUUCUUUCGACUUAUUAAUUAAUCUUCUUUUUUACUACUAAUUGAGUUGAGUGAACCAAGUCCUGAGAUUUCCACAUUCCAAGAGGCUUAUCGAUUUCCAAUAAUAAUAGUAAUUGCUUUCA